CAAAAUCUCACCGCACUUUGUCCAUUUCCAGACCAUUCAGAAGAAUGAGAACUCCUCCAUUUCCCCCCUUCACAAAAUUCCCGGUUCUGAGAAUCAACCUUUAAUUCUGAGCUCCUUCCGAUCUGGAAAAUGGUAACGUCUCUCUCAUCUCAACCCUUCAGACCGUUAUUUUCCAAUUUUUCCCUGUUUGUUUGCACUUACAUCUCUUUACAUGCACAGAACCUCACUCGCAUCUGAUGGGUUUUCUAGGGUUUUUAACUAACUUGGGUACCCUUUUCUGGGUUUAGCUCGUCUUAAUCUCUUCUUGCAUGUCCCAGUUUCAUCAAAAAAAUUCUACUUGCGUUCUGGGCCCCAGCUUUUGUUAAAGUUUGAACCUUUUUCCUGUUUCCAUAUCCAUUUUGUGAAAGGUAUCUCCCUUUCUUUUUCUCUCGUUGUUGUUUAAAUCAGAUCUUGUGUUUGUGUUGGUGAAAUUAGAACUCAAGUGGCUGGAAAGCUUGUGUCUUUGUGUGAGAUUAGGGUUUUCCUGUAUCUGGGUCUGUUGUCAAGGCUAGGGUUUCUUCCUGGGUUUGGCUCGUCUUAAUCUCUUCUUGCAUGUCCCAGUUUCAUCAAAAAUAUUCUACUUGCGUUCUGGGUCCCAGCUUUUGUUAAAGUUUGAACCUUUUUCCUGUUUCCAUAUCCAUUUUGUGAAAGGUAUUUCCCUUUCGUUUUCUAUUCUUGUUGUUUAAAUCAGAUCUUGUGUUUGUGUUGGUGAAAUUAGAACUCAAGUGGCUUGAAAGCUCGUGGCUUUGUGUGAGAUUAGGGUUUUCCUGUAUCUGGGUCUGUUGUCAAGGCUACGGUUUCUUCUUCUUGUUUAAACCAGGUGUUGUGUUUCUGCUUGGGAAAUUUUAAGUUAAGUGGCUUGAAAGUGUGUUUUGUGUGUGAGUGGUUGAUAAUGGACCAAGGUAUGGGUUCAGAGUCUGUUCCUGCGUCUGGGUCUGAUGACAAGUCUAGGGUUUUGAAUGUCAAGCCUUUGCGAUGUCUUGUUCCAAUAUUCCCAUCAAACCCUGGCGGCAUGUCCUCAAUUUCAUCUCCCCAAGCUUCUCCCUUUGUCUGUGUCCCACCAAGUGGUCCUUUCCCACCCGGGGUUUCUCCUGUUUUCCCAUUCCUCAUUCCAACUGAACAACAGAACCCUCAAACCCCAUUUGCUGCACCACUCAAUCAAGCAGGGCGUUCUUAUGGUGUUGAUAAUAGCAAUUCCAUUCCAUCACCCGUACCCAUAACCUCGUAUAGAACACCAACAGUACAGGCAAAUGGAAGCGCCGGGUCGUCUAAGAGGAGUUCAAAGGGGAGUUCCCAGAGAAAGACAAGGAGUGGCAACAUGACAACUGCCCAUGAUGUUGACAUUGACGCUGUAGCCAUUGAUUUUCUCACAUCGUUUGAUCUUACCCGAUUCGAUCCAGCCAAACUAUCAGAUGGUGAUAAGGAGUCAGUUAGGUAUUUAACAAUGGUAUAUAAUCUGCUCAGGAGAAGAAUUACUCAAGUUGAAGACUCUGAGGAGGCAACUCCAGGGGUCACAAGACGCCCGGACUUAAAGGCGGGGUCGAUUUUGAUGAAUAAGAAAGGGGUUCGAACAAACAUGACAAAGAGGGUUGGAGCUGUACCGGGAAUCGAAGUUGGGGAUGUUUUCUUUUUCAGGGUGGAAAUGUGCUUGGUGGGCUUGCAUGCACCUAUCAUGGGUGGAAUCGAUUACAUGAGUUUCAAGAUUAGUCUAGAUGAAGAGCCUGUGGCUGUAAGCAUUGUUUCUUCCGGGUCAUAUGAAGAUAAUGAUGAGGAUGGAGAAGUAUUGAUUUACAGUGGCCAAGGUGGGGUUCUCAGGAGAGAUGGAAUUGUGAUGGAUCAAAAACUUGAAAAAGGUAAUCUAGCUUUGGAGAAAAGUUUGCAUCGCGGCAAUGAGGUAAGAGUAAUUCGGGGUUUGAGGGAUGAGGCAAGUCCAACUCGAACUGCCAAAGUCUACCUCUAUGAUGGCCUUUACAAAAUCGUAGAGUCAUGGGUGGAGAGAGACAAGUCAGGCUGUAAUGUGUUCAAGUAUAAGUUGGUUAGAGGUGCUGGCCAGCCUGAAGCCUAUACCUUGUGGAAAUCAAUUCAGCAAUGGAAAAACGAUACUACCUCAAGGGUUGGGGUAAUUUUGCCAGACCUUACUUCGGGGGCAGAGAGGCUACCAGUUUCUCUUGUGAACGAUGUGGAUCAUGAGAAAGGUCCGGCUCAUUUCACUUAUUUUCCAACUCUCAAGUACUCAAAACCAGUUGAUUCGCCUCAACCUUCUUCUUUCAGCUGCACUUGCCGUGAAGGAUGUCAUUCUAGUGACCUCAACUGCGCUUGCGUUCAGAAAAAUGGUGGAGUUCUCCCAUAUACUACACUGGGGGUUCUUCUGAGUUUCAAAACCCUGAUAUAUGAGUGUGGUCCUUCCUGUUUAUGCCCUCCCACCUGCCGGAACCGGGUUUCCCAGGCGGGUUUGAGAGUCCGUCUUGAGGUGUUUAGGACAAAGGAUAAAGGUUGGGGACUAAGGUCUUGGGAUCCUAUCCGUUCAGGAGCUUUUAUCUGUGAGUAUGCCGGAGAAGUCAUUGAUUCGUCCAUGACUGAGGAAAGUGGAAAUCAAGAUAACUAUAUAUUUGAUGCUACUCGCACUUGUGAACCCGUGGAGCUAAUGCCUGGAAAUGCUGAUGACUCUCAAAAACUCCCAUUUCCACUUGUUAUUAGUGCAAAAGAAGGUGGGAAUGUGGCUCGGUUUAUGAAUCACAGUUGUACUCCGAAUGUCUAUUGGCAGCCUGUUUUGCGAGAGGAAUCUAAUCUCCAUAUUGCAUUUUUUGCAAUCAAUCACAUUCCUCCUAUGACAGAGUUGAUGUACGAUUAUGGGAUAGUUCAGUCUGGCAAACCAGAGCCAAGGAAGAAAAAAUGCCUGUGUGGGUCUUUGAAGUGCAGAGGUUAUUUCUACUAAUGAUGCUGGUCUUUAGUUUUUGGUGAGAAAGAGCUUCAGAGGGAAGUGCUUGCCUUUUGUUUGUAGUCAUUCUCUCAAGCGGUAUGGCAGAGUAGGUAUGUUAGAAAACCUAAUCUCCUGUUUUGUUGUAGCAUAUGGUUUCAGGAAGUUUCUGCCUUUUGUUUUUGGCUAGCAUGUGAAUGUACUAUUAUUCCAGACUGUAGCAUGAAACGUUAUGUGGUAGAACUCCUGUUUAGUUUGUUGUGUUUCCUUCAAUUAGAGCAAACUCUAUUCUCUCUGACCACUAA